GCAGGGCCCAAGCACUUGGGCCAUCCUCCACUGCACUCCCUGGCCACAACAGAGAGCUGGCCUGGAAGAGGGGCAACCGGGAAAGAAUCCGGCGCCCCGACCAGGACUAGAACCCGGUGUGCCGGCGCCGCUAGGCAGAGGAUUAGCCUGUUGAGCCAUGGUGCUGGCUGGAAAUUAGGAUUCUGAUACAUGGUUUUAAAAAAAUACCAGGGGUGGCCGGCACUGCCGCUCACUUGGCUAAUCCUCCACCUGCAGUGCCGGCACCCCAGAUUCUAGUCCUGGUUGGGGCGCUGGAUUCUAUCCCAAUUGCUCCUCUUCCAGUCCAACUCUCUGCUGUGGCCCUGGAGGGCAGUGGAGGAUGGCCCAGGUCCUUGGGCCCUGCACCUGCAUGGGAGACCAGGGGGAAGCACCUGGCUCCUGGCUUCGGAUCCGCGCAGUGCGCCGGCUGCAGUGCGCUGUCCAUAGAGACCAUUUAGGGGAGUGAACCAAAGGAAAAAGGAAGACCUUUUCUCUCUCUCUCUCUCUCUCUCUCUCUCUCACUGUCUAACUCUGCAUGUCAAAAAAAAAAAAAAUAACAAGGGUUAUACCAGGGAGUGAUGUCAGAUGGUAGAAUAGAAAACACCAGCCUUAGUUUCCCACCCCUUCCUUAAAAAACAUUCUACAGCUAUUCGUUAAGAAAAACAGCAUUGGAAAGUCUCCAGAGUGUAAGUAAGAUCUUACAGCAAUGCAGAAGAGCAAGUAAUAGAAAAUAUCCACACAGAAAGGAUCAUUAUAGAGAUAGGCAUACCUGAGACAUCUGGAGAUGGCUAGGAACUCAGAAGAAGGGCAGCAACUAUCAGUUUCAGCUAUAUGAAUUGUGCCACCUUGGUACACAGUGGCCUCUCUGCCAAGGAGCCCAAAAGGCUUUGCUGUAUAGCACUUCUACAGCUCCUGUGGCAGCCACGGGCUCCUUGCAGCACUUACAGUGGAGGAUCCCUGAGUGCUUUUUAGUGUGUGUGCAGUAAAAAGACUGGAUACCAGAAUCUCACAACUAAGGUAACCAACAGCCACCAAUCCUGAAAGACCCCCAGAGAGAAAUGCUGCUCUGCUGGCCCUAAGGAAGAAGCUACUGUUGUUCCACUUGGGACCAAGACUGUCCUUCCUCCUCAGCCUCCCCCCAACCCCCCCCCCCGCCUCAUCCUGGAGCAAGAGGGGAAGAAAGGAAUAAGGGACUCACAAAACAGCCAGAAAGCGAUGAGCAAAAUGGCAAUAGUGAGUCCUUACUAUUUACCUACUGUUUACUAAUUAGUAGUUACCUUUAAUGUAAAGAUAUUAAAUUCUCCACCAAUUAAAAGACAGAGUGGCUGAAUGGAUUAAAAAACACAGCUCAGUAUAUGCUGCUUACAAAAGAAAGUGUGAAGGCAUAAAAAAUUGAUAUAUGUGAAAACAGAAACUAAAGGAGAGCAGAGGAACAAAACAGGCAUUAAGUCAAAACCUGAACAAGGAACAAACAAGGACAUUAUAUAAUGAUAAGGAGUCAAUUAGCCACAAAUACCUAACAACUACAAAUAUAUAUGCAUACAAUAUCAGAGCAUCUAAAUAUAUAAAGCAAAUAUUAAUAGAUUAAUAGCAGGGAGAAAUGGACACAAUAGUAGGAAUUUCAAUAUCCCACUUUUAACAAUGAGUAUCUAAAUAGAAAAUCAAUAAAAAAAUUGGACUUUAACUACCUUUGAACCAGAUGUCCCUAAAAGUUCUAUGCCCAAAAGAACAUUCCAUCCAGUAUCAGCAGAAUACACGUUCUUCCAAAGCACACACAGAACAUUCUUCAAAACACAAAAAAGUCUGAACAAAUUUAAGAAGAAGAAAUCAAGUCAAAUAUCUUUUCCAACUACAAAGAUAUGAAACUAGACAUCAAUAAUAGGAGGGAAACUAGAAAUCUAAUAUAGAAAUUAAAUAGUAUAUUCCUAAACAACCAAUGGGUAAAUGAAAAUAUAAAAAAAUGAAUUAAAAAUAUUUUGAGCCAAAAAAAGGAAAACAUAACAAAACUUAUGGGACAGAACAAAAACAGUACCAAGAGAGAAGUUUAUAAUGAUAAAUACAUCAUGAAGAAAAACAAACAUCUCCAAUUAAUAACCAAACUUUAUACCUCAAUGAACUAGAAAAAGAACAGACCAAGUCCAAAGUUAGCAUGAGGAAGGAAACAAAAAUUAUACCAAAAAUUGAGACUUGAAAAAUGGUAGCAAACAUCAAAGCAACUAAAUGUUUAAAAACCAGCACUACAAAUCUGUAACUAUACUAAGAAAACUAGAAGAGGCAAAUCAGAGAAGACUGUACAACUUAUAUCACAGAAAUACAAAGUCAUAUAAGACACUGCUAUCAACAAUUAUAUGGCAACAGAAGAAAAGCAUAAAUUUCUGGGCAUAUACAGCCUAUCAGAACUGAAUAAGGCAGGAAUAGAGAAUCUAUGCAGAACAAUAAAUAAGGAGAUUGAACCACUUAUCAAAAUCCUUAAUCACAAAGAAGCACAAGAGUUGAUGUCUUCAAUCAGUGUAUCUUAUCAAAGAUUUAAAGAAUUCAUAUGAAUCCUUUUUUCUGGAAUUAUUUUCUAUCUGCUGGUUCACUACCCAAAUGGCCACAAUGGCUGGAUCUGGGUCAGUCUGAAGCCAGGAGCCAGGAACUUCUUCAAGGUCUCCCACAUGAGUGCAGGGUCCCAAGGCCUUGAGCCAUCCAACACUGCUUUCUCAGGUGCAUUAGCAGGGAGCUGGACAGAAGUGGUGCAGCCAGGACUGGAAUGGGUGCCCAAAUGGGAUGCCAGCACUGCAGACGAGAGAAGAGAAGGAGAGACAGGAAGGUCUUCCGUCUGCUGGUUCACUCCCCAAUUGGCUGCAAUGGCCAGAACUGGGCCAAUCUGAACUCAGGAUCCAGGAGCUUCUUCUGGGUCUCCCACAUGGGUGCAGAAGAUCAAGUGCCUGGGCCAUCUUGUAAUGCUUUCCCAGGCCAUAGCAGAGAGCUGGAUUGGAAGAGGAGCAGCUGGGACACAAACUGGUGCCCACAUGGAAUGCCAGUUCCACAGGCCAGCCCCCGACUUUGCUACAUUUCUAUAGUUAAGUUGGUGUUACUUGGAUUAUUCAUGUUUGGGGGGGAAUGAAAAACACCCUGGGUGCAGAGGCCCAAGUGCUUGGGCUAUCUUAUAAUGCUUUCUCAGGCCAUACCAAAGAGCUGGAUCGAAAGAGGAGCAGCCAAGACACAAACCAGUGCUCACAUGGGAUGCCAGUGCCACAGGUCAGCCCCGUACUUUGCUACAUUUCUAUAAUGAAGUUGGUUUUACAUGAAUUAUUUAUGUUUUGGGGGGAAAUUAAAAACAUCCUUAAAAUUUGUUUCAACUCUUCCUGCAAAUAAAAACAAUAAAUGAAGUGGCAGAUGUAAAAUAUAAUAUAUUAAUAAAAGGAUCACAUACUAUGACUAAUUGUAAUUUAUCACUAGAAUAUGGGGUAGUUCAAUAUAUGCAAAUCACUAAAUGUGAUACGCCACACUGAUAGAAUGAAGGACAAACAUCAAUAUCUCAAUAGAUGCAGCAAAAGCAUUUGACAAAAUGCAACAUUCUUUCAAAAAAAAACACCUCAGCAACAUAUAUAUAGGAGGAAUUUAUCAAUAUAGUUAAAGGCCAUAUUUUACAAAUAAACAACUAAUAUCAAACUCUAGUGAAAAGUAAAAAAAAAAAAAAACAAAAAACGCCCUAAAAUCAGGAACAGAUGUGGGUGUUCUGAUGCAAUGGGUUAAGCCACUUCCUUGGAAUGUCCACAUCCCAUAUUGGUGUGUUGGUUCUACUCCCAGCUACCGUGUUUACGGUCUAGCUUCCUGGGAAGACAGCAGAUGAUGGCUCAAGAAUUUUGGUUUCUGCACCCAUAUGAGAGAACUGGGUGCAGUUCUUGGCUCUAAGCUUUGGAUUAGCUGAGUCCUUGUUGUUGCAGGCAUUUGGGGAGUGAAGCAGUGGAUGCAAGAUCACUUUCUCUCUGUUUCUUCCUCUCUUUGCCACUCUGCCUUUCAAACAAACAAAAAAUAAAUAAAAAAUAAUAAAAAUCAGAAAUAAGGAGUAUCCUAAUGCACACUCUCAGCACUUCUAGUUAACUUAUUACUAGAAGUUCUAGCCAGAACAAUCAGACAAAAAAGAAGAAAACGGCGUCCAAUAAGAAAGUAAGAAGUGACAUCACUGUUUACUUCUUCAUGAUCUCAUAUACAGAAAACGCUACAGACUCCAACAACAUACUGUAAGAGUAAAGGUAUAUAGUGAAGGUGCACGGUAAACUUGCAUAAAACCGAUAUAAAACAAUCAUUUGUUUCUGCACUAACAGUGAACUAUCAAAAAAGAAAUUAAGUAUUCAAUUUACAAAAGCAUUUUAAAUAAUAAAAUACUUAGGAAUAAACUUAGCCAAGGAGUCGAAUGAUCUACACACUGAAAAUUAUAAAACAUUGGUAUAAGUAAUUAUAGAAGGCACAAAUAAAUGGAAAAGUGUCCCUGUUCUUGGGUUGGAAGAAUUAAUAUUGUCAAAAUGCCUGUGCUACCAAAAGCAAUCUACAGAUUCAAUGCAUCCAUAUCAAAAUCUCAAUAGCAUUGCUUAGAAAUUUAUAUGGUACCACCAAAGAUCCUGAAUAGCUAAAGCAACCUUGCUUAAGAAUAGCAAAGCUGGAGUCAUCCUACUUCAUGACUUGCAAUUAUAUUACAAAUCUAUAGUAAGCAUAACAGUAUGAUCCUAGCUUAAAAACAGACACAUAGACCAAUGUCACAGAAUUGAAAGCCAAUGCUUAUACAAUAUCAAAUCUUUAACAAGACACCAAGAAAACACAGCAGGAAAAUGAUAGUGUCUUCAACAAAUGGUUUUUGGAAAUCUGGAUAUACACAUGCAAAAAUAAUAAAAUUGGACCAUUGUAUCAUAUAUACAAAUCAACUCCAAAUAGAUUAGAUGCUUAAUAUAUGAAAUUAUAAAACUAUUUUGAAAACAUGGUAGAAGAAUUUUAUAUGGCUUUAUACGGCAUUAGUUUUGGAAAUGAUUUCUUGACUAUGAUACCUAAAGCACAGCAACCAAAGAAAAAACAAACAAGCAAGACUACAUCAAACUGAAAAGUGUGCAAAACAAAUGAAAUAAUGGAGUUAAAAGGCAAUUCAGGAUAGCACCUUGGCUCACUAGGCUAAUCCUCUGCCUGCGGCACCGGCACCCCAGGUUCUAGUCCCGGUGGGGGCACCAGAUUCUAUCCCGAUUGCUCCUCUUCCAGUGCAGCUCUCAGGUGUAGCCCGGGAAGGCAGUGGAGGAUGGCCCAACUACUUGGGCCCUGCACCUGCAUGGGAGACUGGGGGAAGCACCUGGCUCCUGGCUUCGGAUUGGUGCAGCGUGCUGGCUGUGGUAGCCAUUUGGGGAGUGUAUCAACGGAAGGAAGACCUUUCUCUCUGUCUCUCUCUCUCUCACUGUCUAACUCUGCCUGUCAAAAAAAAAAAAAAAAAAAAAGCAAUUAAAGGAAUGGGAGAAAAUAUUUGCAAACUGUACAUCAAAUAAUGGGUUAAUGUCCAAAGAAUAUAAGGAAUUCAUAUAAUUCAGUAGCAAAAUCCAAAUAGCCUGAUUAAAAAAGGGGUCAAGUACUUGAGUGAACAUUUUUGCUAAGAAGGCGAUACAAAUGGCCAACCAUGAAAAGGUGCUCAGCAUCACUAAUAAUCAAGGAAAUGUAAAUUAAACCACAGUUUGAUGUCACCUCACACAUCGUUUUGAUGGCCAGUUUUUAAAAAAGCAGUAAAUAAUAAGUGUUGGUAGAAUGUGGAACAAUUGAAACCCCUGUGCACUGUUGGUGGAAAUGUAAAAUGUUGCAACUGCUAUGGAAACCUGUAUGACAGUUCCUCAAAAAAUUGGAAAUAUGGGGCCAGCACCGUGGCUCACUUGGUUAAUCCUCCACCUGCAGUGCCAACAUCCCAUAUGGGCACCGGUUCUAGUCCCACUUGCUCCCUUUCCAGUCCAGCUCUCUGCUGUGGCCUGGGAAGGCAGUGGAGGAUGGCUCAAGUGCUUGGGCCCCUGAACCCGCAUGGGAGACCAGGAGAAGCACCUGGCUCCUGGCUUCGGAUCGGUGCAGUGCGCCAGCUGUGGCAGCCAUUUGGGGAGUGAAUCAACGGAUGGAAGACCUUUCUCUCUGUCUCUCUCUCUCACCGUCUGUAACUCUACCUGUCAACUGAAUUUUAAAAAAAAUUUUUAAAAAUUGGAAAUAGGACUACUACAUGAUCCAGCAAUCCUUCAGUGCAUUUAUGCAGAAUUAAAGACAAGAUCUAGAAAAGGUGUAUAAAUUCCCAUGUUCUAUUGCUGCAGCAUUCACAAUAACCAAGAGAUGAAAACAAUAACCAUUGACAGAUGGAGGGAUAAAGAAAGUAACACACACACGUGUGUGUAUGUGUGUGUUUUCUACUAGGUAUAAAAAGUAAAAUAUUAUUCAGCCUUAAAAAGCAGAGAUCUGCCAUUUGUGACAACAUGGGUUAGCCUAGAGAAUAUUAUGUUAAGUGAAAUAAGUCAUAUAAAAAUGCUACUACUGCAUUAUUCUACUUAUAUAUGGAAAACAUAAAAGUUGAACUCAUAGAGACAGAGUAGAAGGGUGGUUUGUGAUGUAGAGUUGCGGAGAUAUUGAUCAAAGGGUAAAAAUUUGGAGUUCUAAGGUGCAUACAUUUUAGAGAUCUAAUGUAUAGCAUUGUGACUAUAGUUAAAAAAAAAAAAAAAACUGUCAGAAUGAAUGUUUGGCCUGGUAUUUAAGAUACCAUUUAAGAUGGCUGCUUCUGAUAUCAGAGUUCCUGGGCCUAACUCCACUCCUGAUUCUAGCUUCCUAGUAAUGACACCCUGGGACACAGCAGAUGAUGAGUCAAGUAGCUGAGUCAUCCCACCCAUGUGGGAGACCUGGAUUGAGUUCCUGGCUCCUAGGUUUGGCCCAAUCCAGUCCUAGCCAUUGUGGGCAUUUGAGGAGUGAAAUAAUGAAGCAAAUGGGAGUGGAGCAUUCUCUCUCUCUCUCUCUCUCUCUCUCUCUCACUCACUAUGUCUCUCUCAAAUAUUUUUUUUUUUUGACAGGCAGAGUGGACAGUGAGAGAGAGAGACAGAGAGAAAGGUCUUCCUUUGCCGUUGGUUCACCCUCCAAUGGCUGCCGCAGCCGGCGCACUGCGGCCGGCGCACUGUGCUGAUCCGAUGGUAGGAGCCAGGAGCCAGGUGCUUUUCCUGGUCUCCCAUGGGGUGCAGGGCCCAAGCACCUGGGCCAUCCUCCACUGCACUCCCUGGCCACAGCAGAGAGCUGGUCUGGAAGAGGGGCAACCGGGACAGAAUCCAGCGCCCCAACCGGGACUAGAACCCGGUGUGCCCGCGCCGCUAGGCGGAGGAUUAGCCUAGUGAGCCGCGGCGCCGGCCUCAAAUAAUUUUUUAAAAAAUACUUUUAUACUUCAGAUAUGCUAAGAUAGUAGAUAUUAAGUAUUCUCACCAGAAAAAAAUAGCUAACAAUGGCAGAUGAUGGCUAUGUUAAUUAACUUUAUUUUGGUAAUCAUUUCACAGUGUACCUGAAUGUCAAAUGAUAUAUCCAAUUUUUAUUUGUCUUUUGUACCUCAAUAAAGCUGAAAACAACAAUAAAAAAGAGGAAUAAAAGGGGAAAAAAUAAACCAGCAUAGCAGAGGAGCUGAUAAGUCAGCAGGGAGAGUAGAGGCUUUUUGAGGAAUACUGGAACAGCCAGAGUGAACAAAUCAUGAAACAUUAGAGCAAAACAGUUUUGGAGAUGAUCUAUCCAUACAGAUUAAAUGCAUUAAUGGAAAAAAAUUAGAUGGUAAGAUAAUUGAAUAUCUUAGCAGUACAAUGGAUUCUUCAGUGGAGAACAACAUAUAUGUAAACAAAAUAUGGGUUCAGUGUGAAAAUGAAAGUUGUUUGAAGUGGAGACUGUUGUCAAGUGAGGAUGCAGCCAAAGUUGAUCACAAUGAACCUUGGUAUUGCUUCAUGAACGCUGAUACGAGGUAUAACAAGUGCUCUAUUUCUGAAGAAGAUUUUCCUGAAGUGUCUCAGCUUCAUCAAAGUGGAUUUAAGAUAGUCUAUUCACAGCUCCCUCUUGGAAGCCUUGUUUUGGUAAAAUUAAAGAACUGGCCAAGUUGGCCAGGGAUACUUUGCCCUGAUCCUCUUAAAGGGAAAUAUGUAACUUACGACUUGGAUGGAAAUGUUGAACAAUAUCACAUAGAAUUCCUCGGUGAUCCUCAUUCAAGAUCAUGGAUAAAUGCAACAUUUGUUGGACAUUGUAGUAUCACUCUAAAGCCAGGAAACUGUAUGAAUAAAAAGAAGUGGUAUAACAGUGCACUACAAGAAGCAUACCUACUCUAUGGAUUAUCUCAUGAGCAAAGACUGGAAAUGUGCUACCUAUCAAAACAGGCUAAAUCCAAAACAGAUGCCAACGUAACUGUGGUGGCCAAGAAAAGGAUACAAGUUUCCAAAAACAAUACUGAAAAGAAAAAGCCCAAAUUUAGAAAAAGGAAAAGGAAAGCUACUUUAAAAUGCUCUUUUGAAAAUGUGUGUUCAGAUGCAGCAUUGUCAGAGGAAAACAAGGUUGUCUCUGAGACAGAAAUUUUACUAAAAGAGCUGGAGCAAAUGCUACAGCAAGCACUAGAGCCCACAGCAACACCUGAUGAGUCUGAGGAGGAACAUAGAGAAGAAACAAAUACAGGAGAAAAGUUGUCAAAAUGCAGUCCUGAAGCUCCUGUAGGCAGUCCAUUUGAAAACCACUAUGAAGAAGACUAUCUUGUGAUUGAUGGGAUAAAAUUAAGAGCUGGAGAAUGCAUUGAGAAUAUAACUAGCAAGUUUAAAGAAAUAGAUGCUUUGAUGUCUGAGUUUUAGGGUAUUAGACAUACCUUCAAAAGUUGACUAUGAAGACAUGGGCAUCUUUAUGUUUUCCCAAGGUAAAAAGCAUAAAAAUAUCUACUGAAGUAGGUAGGUACACAUUAUACAAAAGUAGAUAUUUGUAGUAACUUUCUACUUUAUAUUUUGAGAAUGUUCUUCAUUUUGAGACACAAUCAAAUGGUGUUUAAAUUAGUGUUAUAAAUUUAGAAUUAAAAAACUCUUGAUGAUUUUAUUUGUGGAUUUUUUUUGCUUUUUGCCUUAAUGUUAAAAUAACUUAUGAAAUUUGCUUCCCCAAACACAUAUUUUGCAAUGGUUAUUGAGGUACUUUAUUCAAAUGUGGCUAAGUUAAAGUGCCUUCCCAAGCUAUUUUAACUCUUAAAGAUGAUUCAAAUCUACUAUUAUUAGAGAAUGUGUAUUUUCAGUGAAAUGAAACUAUUUCAAAAAAAUGAAAUAAAAUAAAAGUGGCGUGUAAUACAUAGAAUUGGAGCUUUUCUUAAAAAACAGAAAUGUCAGGCCGGCGCUGCGGCUCACUUGGCUAAUCCUCUACCUAUGGUGCGGGCACCCUGGGUUCUAGUCCCGGUUGGGGAGCCAGAUUCUGUACUGGUUGCUCCUCUUCCAGUCUAGCUCUCUGCUAUGACCCGGGAAGGCAGUGGAGGAUGGCCCAAGUGCUUGGGCCCUGCACCUGCAUGGGAAACCAGGAGGAAGCACCUGGCUCUUGGCUUCGGAAUGGCGCAGUGCCAGCCGUGGCAGCCAUUUUGGGGGUGAACCAGCAGAGGGAAGACCUUUCUCUUUGUCUCUCUCUCUCUCACACUGUCUAACUCUGCCUGUAAAAAAAAAAAAAAAAAAAAAAAAAAAAAAGCCAGAAAU